AUGUCAAUCCCAACCCUGGACGAGCAAUUUCUACCACGACUAAUCGCAGUCUUUUACGCCGUCUUCCAUCCCACCGAAGGUCCCAAAGUCAUCUAUCAAGUCCCCGAAGGCUCCAUCACCGAAGAUCGCACCUCCCCUCCCACCCCUAUCGCUGGUGCCCCACCACCACCAUCAUCCGGCACAUUCGGCGGCGAACCACUAUUCAACUUCUCCGCUCUCUCCGAAUACCUCAUCCCCAAAGCUCCCCUUUGUGGUCGACUUGUAACUUCCAUAGCACGUGGUACUGUCAACAUCCACCCUUCUCGCCAUUCGCGUCCUUCCACCUCCCGCACUCCCUCCGUUGCCCCACACCACCGAGCCCGCUCUUCCUCUGUCCGCUCGGGUAACUCUUCCCGAACAUCCUCCCGGAAACCCUCUCACACCACCGCCGCGACGAGGGAGCAGAGAACAUAUAAGAUCUUGGGCUUUCCGGUGCUGAUCGAAGACGCAGGAAAAUAUCAACGCAACAACUUCAUCUUUAACCUCUGCUUCGUUUUCGAAGGUCAUUCCGAUGUUCGUGCCUACGAACCCGUUGUCAGAAAAUGCGGGAGGCUAUUGAGAGGGUUGGAGGAAACGCAAAGCUUUUUGUCAAAUCCAAAAAGUUUACCGAGAAUGUACGGGAUUAUAGAGCAGCUGUUCGAGGAUCUAAGUAGCUAUUGUGAGAGUUUUAUUGCGUUACCUGACGCUCCGUAUACUAGCUAUUUAGACCAGAAAAAGGGUGGGGCGAGUAGGAUGAAUAGUCCAGAAGGAGGGAAGCUCGUCAAUCCGGUGAUGGGUCCGGAAGACUUUAUAACUUUAGGAGCAAGCUUUGCCAGUUUGAGGGGGGAGAAGGAGAGGAAUGCGAUUAACGAAAGGUUGAAGGCUAGGCAGGCGUCCAAGGGUGGGUUGGGAGGGGGAAAUGCCGAGAGUGGGGCAAGGUCGAGAUCUACUUCAGGAUCAAGUGACGGUGGUGCGGGAGGGGGAAGGGUGUUGAGUCCCUUAACGACGAUCAGUCCUGCGAUGAUGGUUAGAAGUAACAGUGCUUCGGGAGCGAGCGGACCGGGGAGUGAAGGACCUCAUUCUCCAUCUUCUGCUCUUUCGCCUACUGCAAUGGAGGCUGAAGGGAGGAGGCCUAGUUUUGCACGAUUCUCCACCAUCGCUGCACUAACUGACGACGGUGGAGCGUAUCCAUCGGAGGAAAGUAGAGAUACAGCAAUGGGAAUCGUCUCUUCCCGCCGUCAAAGCGAGUUGACACGGGAACUAAGCGCAGCAGAAACCCUCGGGAACGUGCUCAACAAUGGUGCUUACGAUAGUAUCAACACCGGCGGUACUCGCCGCUCUAGUAGAGCAAGUACAGCUCACGGAAUAGACCCUGAAUCAGAAUCACUCGAACACCUCACCGAAUCCAUCGUCUCGCUCCGCACCAUCGACGCAGCCCUUUCCAACUCGGUAAACGCCCUGCGAACUCUCCCUACCGACCCCACAGCCCGCACAAAUCUCGUCGAAAAACGAGAACCACCGCACGGCUUGGGUAGAACAGUCCGCGAUGCGAUCAACCUAAAACUCUUCCCAGUCUAUCCCAACCCUGCACCCAUAAACGAUUGGGAUGUACCCGUUGCUCUCCUCGACCUCCUUUCCCGUGUAGACGGCAACUGGGACCUUACCCUACGCCGCAUCCUACCCUUCAUUGAUGGUGUCAAUCACGUGAAGAGGAUCGCUCAGCUAGCGGACGCAGACCUCGGGCUGACAAGCGCGUGUUUGGAGCACCUGAUGUAUUAUGGAUGUAUCAUCGUAGUGGAUAUUUUCCAGUAUUUCAAUAUGUAUACGGUGAGACCGGCGAUGGCGAAGAUGGCAGAUGAUGAGGGGUUGGGCAGGGAGUGUAGAUUGUAUGUUACUCGCGCCGGGUAUGGUAUGGCUUCUUGGCCAGAGUUGCUGAGGUUAUACUCGCUCUUGAGGGCAGGAACGACUUUGGCGGAUUGGGUGGAGGACAAUGCGGUGGAUGAAAAAGGGAUUGAUGUGCGAAGGUUUGUGAGUUUUGGAGUUAUUCAAGGCUUUUUGCGGAGGGUGCACAGAUAUCCGAUAUAUUUGGGCGAUGCAAUAGGGCUGGGUGGAGGUGCGGCAGAGAGUUCUGGGAUGUCAACAACGGUGGUCAACUCUCCAGCUAUCAAGCAGAGAGAACAUAGUGGUAGUAGGGAACCGAGAGAUAGACGGCCCAGAGAGCUGUCCGGUAUGAGUGGAGCAUAUAGUGCAUUUCAGCGCAUUACCAGAGAUGGAAGUGUUGAUUCACCUGGAGUGGGAACGAGGACCCCAACACGGAGAGGGGCGAGUGAGGCGAGAUCGAGUAUGGUAGCCACUGGAAGUGGGUCGAAUUUCACCGAUUCGGUGCAGGUUUCUCCUACGAAGAGAACAAGACAGAGACAGAAGUACAGACACCCAACGACGACUGCUGUUGAUGUUGCUGCCGUUGCUUUUCAGGUGGAUCGUCCCGCCAGCUCUAGCUCUGGCGUUAACCACCCGCGUUCACCAAGAAAAAGAGCCAGUGCGAUCGGUCUAACCACCGCCAUACCCAGCACAGCCAACCUCGGCGGAUCUGCUAGCAACUCCGGAAUUGGCAUCGGCGUCGGCACUGGAGCUGCUAGCAGCAUCUACCUUCGCUCAACCACCCAAGCAAUCCCCCCCGGACUGUUAGAGUUGCUGGAUGGUACACAUAGCGACGACGAACUGUGCACUACCUAUUCAAUCUCUUGGCCCGAACUCGAAAAGAUUCUCAUCCAAAUCGGGCUCUCCCAUCUCCCGCACAGGUCAGAUGCAGAUACGGACGAAGAUGAUCUAGCGUCAACACAGAGGAGCGAUUGGAGGAGAUGGCCGGGUGCAAGUAUCGUUUCGGCAGCAGGAGGGGUCGGGGGUGCGAGUAGUGGGUGGAGUGGCAAGGGGAAAAUGAUGUCAGGGAUCAGUGGUGUGCAGGGGACAAGAAGUGGGUUGAGUGGGGCUGCGAGUAGUGGAGGACAGGGGUCGAGUAAGCAUGGUGGUGCGACGCAGGGUGGGGAGUCGAGUGGGUUUGGAGUGGGAGUUGCGGGUUGGGGGAAUGAUGGUGAUGAGAGUGGUUGGGUUGGUGCAGCAUCGGGAGGAGGAGUGGUUGGGGUGGGAGCGUUGGAUAGAGAGGCGAUCGAGAGUGGUGAUUUGGGCGCUGUGAGGAUUCUGUAUCAGUAG